UCGGGAUAGAGGGACGAUUGCCGUGGCGACGGCGGGGGCGGGACCUGCCUGGCCGGAGCGCGGCGCGGCCUAGUGACGCACUGCACAGGCGCCCGGCAGGCGGACAGACCAGUUGGCGCCCGGAUGGAGCGGGAGAGGGAGCUGGAGCGGCCGAUUCAGAAGGUGUCAAUGUUGCAGGCCUGCGUCCGGGGCUUCUUGGUCCGACGCCAAUUCCAGAGUCUGAGAGCUGAGUAUGAGGCUAUUGUACGAGAGAUCGAGGGUGAUCUGGGCAUGCUUCAGUGGACUGAGGGCUGGAUUCCUCGGCCCCGAUUUCUUCCAGAGAAGCCAAAAUCCCAUCGGACCUGGAAGGCCAAAGAGAGGGUGCCAAAUUCAGAGCAGAAACUAAGGAGCCACCUCCAAUGUAAAGAGCCUCAGAGAGAGGCCCUCUGGGAGGAGAUGAUGCUGAAGAAGUCAGGAGAGAGCUUGGCAAACUCAGGAAGUCUUCCUUACACAGAUGACAGCCCCUGGCUUCAGAAUGAGCAAAGGAAACCCAGUCAAGAGAAGGCCAGAGAUAGGUCAAAGAUGGAGAACCCAGGACUGCCCCAUAGCCACACUGAGCUCCAGGAGCUUCAGUACCACCGCAACCACUUGGCCAUGGAACUAUUGUGGCUACAACAGGCCAUCAAUAGCCGUAAGGAGUACUUAAUUCUCAAACAAACACUGAGAUCCCCAGGUGAUCAGGCCAGAGACAAGCCCAGCAUGUGCCGAGAACACAAGGCACAGGCCUAUGAGAGAGCUGGGUCACAACCAAGCCCACCACUGGAAGACCAGUCCCUCAGAAACAAGACCAGUGGAGAGCCAGACCAGGCAGAUGAUUCCUGCUGGACGCUCAAAUUACAACCCCACAAAUCCCCAGAAAGUCUGGCCACUCCAGAAAAAAUCAAGUACAGGGAUCCAUGCUACAAAAGGACUGGACAACAUCUGCACACACCAUCAGAUAACCAGACCACAGAGAACAGGCUCACCAAAGAGCCAGACCAUGGGGAACAGACCUCUAGAGAGAUCUGCAUGCAGUUGACAGAACUCCUGGAGGACCACACCCCAAAAGGCCUCAAACCUAGGCUAGGGGCUACUAUUCUGGAGAGGCCAUGACACAUGUAACCACAUUCCAAGAGGACCCAAAUAUAAUAUUAAGGACGAGUCUCCCAGAAGGCCAGACCACAAAGGGUCUGAUUGCUAAAGAGCUAGGCCACAAGACUUGGGCCUCUCAAAGGACCAUGUCAUCUGGGGUGGGACUUUGGCAGAGCAUGGUGGCCCGGGUCUCUGGGAAACUAAACUGUCCAUGGACCAGACCCCCAGUGGUAAAACCUCCAGAGAGAGAACCUCCAGUGAGCCUAGCCAUGAAGAAUGGAAAAAUGAGGGAACUGUACCAUGGAGAUGAAGGUCACCUGAGAAAUAUCUUCCCCAGGGUGAGACCACACAGGAGGGGCCACUGGAGGAGCAGGCUGUGGGAAACAGGACCACCACGCUGGGUCCUGGGGAGCCAGGGCAGGACCAGGUUCCAAAGGGAGAUGCUGCAAAAGGCAAUGAAGGGGACAGGUCCCCAUUCUAGCUCCUGGUAUCAGCUCUAUCCUCUAACCUUUGGUGGCUACUGGGGCCCAGAGAAGCUGGAGCCAAGAGCUGGCACCCAUAUGGGGGAGGAGAGAGGAUCCUCCUUCAUCCUCUGCUUGCAGCUUAGUCCAAAUUUUGGGACAGGGAGUCACCUGGGGUAAGUAAAGUGGGAGAGCUGAUUGAGAAUAAAGGUUUUUCACAGA